UUUGUGUUACAAAGUAACGAUAAGCAACUCGAUUAACUAACAAAAUACCUAAACUCAAUAACUUGCACCAGAUGCACCGACACAACAGAGCUUCAAACUCAACCGGUUCAUAAUCGCAGUUUUAGAACUGCCUACAGAAUAACCAGCACAAUGGCGGCAGACACACCACCAGCCCUGCCAUCCGCACAACAACAAGACGACAAAACCGAUCAAUUCCCCCUCCCCACCAUCCUAACAUACCCCUCGUCCACCCCGCCAACCCUCAUCACCCAAGGUGCCGAAGCACGCCUCUACAAAACAACCUACCUCCUCCCAUCCCUCCCCGCAGCGCUCAAAUACCGCCCGCCCAAACCAUGGCGCCACCCCGCCCUCGACGCACGCCUGACGCGCCACCGCAUCCUAGCCGAAGCUCGGGUCCUAGCGCGGUGCCGACGCGCGGGCGUCCCCGUCCCCGCCGUAUACGCGGUCGACGAGGCAGCCGGGUGGUUGGCCAUGGAGUGGGUGGGGGGGCCGCCCGCGCGCGCCGCGAUUAACGAGUGGUUGCGGCGGAGGAAGGAAGCCGAGAACGCUAGGGGGAACGAAGGGGAUGCUGUUCCGGUUACGGGCGAGAAAGAGGAAGAUGCGGAUUUGGUGGCGCUGAUGCGGAGGAUAGGAAGUGCGGUGGGACGGAUGCAUGGCGUGGGUGUUGUACAUGGUGAUUUGACGACGAGUAAUAUGAUGUUGCGGCCGUGGGAGAAGGGUCGGGAGCCGGCGAAUGGGCACGCAGGAGACGGUGGUGGUGAUGGAUUACUGGAUGGUGAUAUUGUGAUUAUCGAUUUUGGUCUUGCGAGCCAGAGCACGUCUGAUGAAGACCGCGCCGUCGACUUAUAUGUUCUGGAGAGAGCGUUUGCCAGCACGCACUCUCGCGCGGAAGGGUUAUUUACGGCUGUGCUGGAGAGCUCGUAUAAAGAGACUUUCAAGCAAGCGCCUGUAGUCUUGAAAAAGCUCGAGGAGGUUAGGAUGAGAGGACGUAAGAGGAGUAUGAUAGGAUAAAGCCACGAAUUAAUUAUAUUCGGCGAGUAAUUUGAUGCCAAUGAAUGCUAUUGGGGGAUCGAAUUUGGUGUGUUCGCUCUGAAGAUAGAUGCAUAAUUACUACACACUCUAGACUUGUGUAGUUCUGUGUUCAUGAUCUA